CUAGACGUAUCAAUGUCUAAAAUUGACAAUUAAUUUUCAUAAAACCAAAAAAUAUGGAAAAAUUCUCGUGAUGUAAGUAAUGUAUUCAUAAAAGAGAAGAUGCUAAGAACUACGGAGCCAGGCUCUAGGUUCCUCGCGUAUGGCGGGAAAAACUGUAAGCUUCAAUACACACUGCAAUCUGUCGGAGUCUCAGCUGGAGAGCGUGGCGCGAUGGCUGAGCUGCAACGGCGAAGCGUGGGGUAUGGGGCCCACUGCCGUGUUCGCCAGCGCUGCCGCACUUUUUCUUUUCAAUGAAUUGCAGGCCACUAUAUUUGUUGCCGGUGACCAUGCCCACGUCUCAUUGCUCGAAAGAACUCUUGUCUUUUCGAUGGUCCUGGGAAUGCUGGCUUUGAUGGUGCAUCUGUGGGUCUGUUCGAUGCGCUUUUUUCAGUACUACCUUGACACCCUUAUUAGAGACAGUCCAAACAUCCUAUUGGAGAUGACGACGGCGGGGUUUCUGGGCAAGUCGGAUCUGGUCCCGCUGGGCCCCUUGACGCGGUUUCUAAAGCAGCAACAGCCGCAAAUCCACAUCACAAUCUGCUGGUUCCUGUCACUAUGCUACGCUGACUACGUCCGUAAGCACUAUUGCACGCGCUUCAACAUGCCGUACUUGGAACAGUGGCAAGCCGAACUGCACGCCCGCGCCUCCCGCGGCCUGCAUCAAACCAUACAGAAAGUGAACAGUUUCGUAGGUGCAGUGCACACACGCCUGCGCGGCUACACACAGACACCAGCUGAGGCCGAUACACAUACAAGUGGGCUGGGCAGCACCGCGUCGGUGGAGGUCAGCGGAGCCGGAAGCCGCGUGUCGUUUGCGUAUUGUGCCCGCGCCGCCAGCGAUCCGGCCUUGCGCCAGACACUACGCAGGGAACUUAGUGCCCGCCUGGUCAGCUCGGCAAGCGAGACCACGGCGCAGAUACUGGACCAACUCAGAGCAUAUGUUACGAAAACCAGAUGCCCGUGUAGCGAUCCACCGCAGUCCUGCGACACUGGUGCUAGCGCUGGAACCGCCGCGACGGGCUCGUUCGCUGGAACCACCCUGGAGAAACGAGCUAUAUGAUUCUUUCUUUAAAUAAAUCUCAUAAUAAAUUAUA